UAAGAGUACAAAACAUGUUAUUUGUAAAUUUCUCUGGAGAGUGAAGUAGUGCACGGGUUUCGAGUAUUUGUGAGGGACAGUGGAGUUGUCAUCAAUUUCUUUUCGCAGAAAAUUAGCAAGAAGAUUAUAUUUGGAUACAGUAGCCCCUUUGCGUACGAAUUUGUCAUUUUUAUAACGAUGCCUUCAGAUGCAAAUACUGUACCUGAUGUUGUUGGAUGUAGUUCUGGUCAAAAUGACGUUCUUUAUGCAUUUGAAGAUAAACCAAGAGAAGUUAGAAUAAAUUCAAAAGGUGAGUCACUUUCAUCUUCUAGUAUUGGAUUCUCCAUAGGAAGAUCCACAUAUAUACAGGUUUAUCCUCCCCUAGCACUUACUGAACAUUUUCUUUGUGAAUCAUCAACCAAUAACGGAAAUUCUGACACUCAAAUGUCUUCUGAUACAGAUACUUUAUCUGAUGUUUCAUCUCCUGAGUCUGAUAUCGGUGAACCACUUGAGAAAGAACAUAUUGUACUCUCAGACUGUUACAGAUCUGAUCAAGACAAUGAAUCUGAGAGGUUUCAUUUUGAAGUAUCUGUUAAACAAAGUUCCAGUCAAAAUGAUCUACUUGAUCCAUUCGAUGAUGAAACAAGAGAAAUUACGAUGCCUUCAUUUACAAAUGUUUUAUCUGAUGUUUCAUCUACUGAGUCUGACGUAGAUGAAGUUUUCGAUUGUUCUGAAGCUCAGAGUCUCCUAUGUGGCUUGCCUGCUCAAUGCAGUUCCAAUCCAGACAGCCUACUUUAUGCAUCUGAUGAUGAACCUGGAGAAGCUAUGGUAAAUUCAGAAGAUGACACAUUUUCACCUUCUAGUAUUGGAUUCACUAUAGGAAAAUCCACAUAUAUACAGAUUUAUCCUCCUCUAGCUCCCACUGAACAUUUUCUUCAUGAACCAUCAACCAGUAAUGGAGAGUUCAGAAUUGAAUUAGAUUCUGCCAGUGAUGGAAGUCAAACAGAUGAAGAGUUUCCGACGAUGAACAGAGAUUUUUUAACAUCUUAUUGUGAUGACCUGUCUGAAGAUGAAUUUCAGCUCUCUCCUCUACCCUAUCCUGGAGAGCAUUUUCCUAGUACAAGUAGAUCAAAUAUGAUUAUCUUCCCGGGCUUUCCAGAUUUAAAUAAUGCUGCUGCUAAUGAUGUAGAUGAAAAUAUGUUUGCAGACUAUCUGAAUAGUCGUGUCGAUAAACAAACUGCUCGAAAAAGGAUAAAAUCUUUACGAACCAUAGCUGUAUCAAAAAGUCAUAUUCGUAAGGGAAUCCAGUGUACUGUAUGUUUAGAAGAUUUCCAUCUUAGGCAAAAAGUGAAAUCCUUACCAUGCAAACAUUUUUAUCAUAAACGUUGUAUUACACCAUGGUUGGCAACAAAUAAUACUUGUCCCAGCUGCCGGAAAUUUGUAGAAAUACUUCCCAAGAGGCAACUGGUGAGAAGUUUUUGAAAUAGUUAAUGUUAAAAUAUAUAAUUAUUGAAGAUCAGUUGUAUAUCACUCUUGAAGCUAUGGCAAGAGUCAGGAUUUUGGCAAUAAUGCAAAACUAUUUUUUUCAUAUGAUGAAAUGUAUUAAAGAAUGAAAAACAAAUUGCAUACAGUAAAUUUGUCAACAUAUUGAAUUAAUAAAAAAUGAGUAAAUAAAUGUA